CGCUUGGGACCAAUUUGAAGCGACGUGAAAAUGGAGGAGCCACCGUCGACUGCCCUGGAGACGCUGCCGAGGAUUUCUCUCUCCCCCUUGUCCGGGGGAGCAGCCGAGCGGCGUGGGCCGGUGUGCGGAGGCUGCCGGGGCGUCAUCGCGGAGCGCUUCCUGCUGCGCCUCAACGACGGCGGUGUGUGGCACGAGAGGUGCGUGCGCUGCGCCUGGUGCUGGCAGCCCCUGGAAAGCCCCUGCUUCCACCGGGACCAGAAGCUCUACUGCCGCCUUGACUACGAGAAAAGCCUGGUGUGAGCUGGACAGCUCCUGGUGACCUGCAAUCCAUCAUUCUGGAAGACAACCAGCUGCUGUUACCUUUGCUGCAGAGACCUGAGAACACGCUUUCAGGAUUCAUCAGUUUACUCUGCUAUAUCCUGACACCAAUGAUCAAACUCCUGAUUACCCCCAGCAUGUCCAUGAAGAGGAAUAAAAGAAGACCAUGAAUGGGAGACUGAGGAGAGCAAAGGGCAAGCGAUGUCUGUGACAAGCCACUGCUUUGCGGUACAAGCAUCACAAGUUUUUUUUUAACUUGAGAAAAAGCUACUUUAAGUAAAACAA